AUGAGAAGUAUUGGGAAAGAGUGGAAAGCGCAGCACAUUUCGAGUUUGAAGGGUUGCUGGGAAAGAAUUGAUUGUGACACGGACUUGCAAUCUCGACAGGAAGUAUUGGUCUUCGAAGGCUCGUGUCAACCGACACUUGAACAGCGGCUCUCAACGGCGUAUUCCCCUCUUCUCCUCGUCCAGUCGCAUCGAACGGGCUUCAGGAUGCAGAUCGAUGCUUCGAACGGCUCGAAAGUCGAAGCUUCCGCAGCGGAAGCGAGUAGUGCAGGCAAUGGAAGCGUAGCAUCGACGUCAAAGUCGACCCUUGCUCAGGCUACCGCUUCUGCACCCUCCACGACCGCAUCUCCGCCACCCGGCGAGCCAUCGUACCAAUCCAUGGACUCCGAGGAGCUCUCUGCUCUCGAGGAAACUGCCGAAGCCGAAUCGGAAUCCGACACCGAGAUCGAUCGACUUCUCGAUGCGGCCGCUGCCACCUUCCCACCCGAAACCGUCUCGCUCCUCGUCAAGGACUUAAAACAACGGGGCAUCGUGUACUUCCUCCGCACUCACGUCGUCUCCGAUCCAUCUUCUUUACGAAUCAAACACUUGCUUCUCGCACUCGGAGUCUUUCUGCCUCGCUCCAUCCGCGAUUCCGAUGUAUCGAUCGAGGUCCUCCUCCCCAUCCUCAAAACCGCACUCGCGCGCAUCCUUCGACGACGCGAAAAACUCCCGCAGUACAACACCAUCACCGAUGCGCUCUCGCUCAUCUCCACCCGCAGCAAGAUCAUGAUCCUCUCCGGUGCCGGCAUCUCGGUCUCCUGUGGCAUCCCCGACUUUCGCUCGCACGACGGCAUCUACGCCUCGCUCCAAUCCGAAGGAACCUACCAACUCGACGACCCGCAGGACAUGUUUGACAAAUCCUACUUCCUCACAAACCCGUCCAUGUUCUACUCAUUCGCACACAGGAUCUUUCCCAGCAACUUCACGCCAAGCUCGACGCAUCGUUUCAUCAAACUCGUCGAGGAACAGGGGAAAUUGCUGCGGAAUUACAGUCAGAACAUCGAUACGUUGGAGCAGCUGGCAGGGAUCGAGAUGGUGUUGCAGUGUCAUGGAAGUUUCGCUAGUGCGAGCUGUACGGAUCCGAGUUGUGGUUAUAGGUGUAAGGGGAGUGAGAUUGCGGAUGCGAUAUUUGGGAAGAGAGUUCCGAGGUGUCCGAGGUGUGAGGAGAGGAAGGGGAAGGAGGAGAAGCCGAGUAAGAAGAGGAGGAAGGUGGGGAAUGGGAGAAGUUGGAGGCCAACAGAUGACAGUGAUGAGGAGGAGGAGGAUGACGAGACGUCGCUGCCGGGGUUCGGUAUUUUGAAACCGGACAUCACGUUCUUCGGCGAGAAGCUCUCCUCCGACUUCGACCACGCCCUGCUUGCCGACAGAGAAGAAGUCGAUCUUCUCAUCGUCAUGGGGACCUCGCUCAAAGUCGCACCUGUAUCCGAGAUCCUCGGCCACAUCCCGCACUCGACUCCAGUGAUCCUCAUCAACAAGACUCCCAUCCUGCACCUCGCCACCGACAUCAUGCUUCUCGGAGACUGCGACCGUAUCGUCGAGUAUCUCUGCCGCAAACUAGGCUGGCAUCUUCCACCGGUGCAACCGAGCAAAGAUGUGGUGGGAAGUCGCGCGGCGGAACAGGUCAAGCACAAGGUGGAGGUGCAGGACGAAAGGGCAGAGGUUGCAGUCGAGAGAGAGGAGAAGAGGCUGCCCGAUGGACAAGGUGAGGGGGAUGGGGAGGAGGAACCGGAGAGGUUGAUGAACAGUCACGCUUGGUUGUUCCAAGGUGCAGAGCCUGGACGGUUGCCUGCGUUGCUCGCUGAGAUGGAUGACGAGGAGGAGGAGGAUGAAGAAGCAAACAGAGCAGGCGAUACCCUCGUCCCCAGCGAUCCGACUUCAGCAUGA